AUGGCGUCGUCAGACAUCGCGUUUCAAACAUUCUCGUUCGCCAACCAAGUCUCGGACGUCUCACCUCAAGACAAAAUCUUCGCGUUCGACCCCGAAGCUAACAAGCGGAUACUGCAACAAUCACCAUGGGAGCAGGAUCCGCACUACUUCAAGACAUGCAAGAUCUCAGCUGUUGCGCUGAUCAAGAUGGUCAUUCACGCAAGAUCAGGCGUCCCACACGAGAUCAUGGGCCUCAUGCAGGGAAAAGUCAUCGGAGAUUCGAUCGUAAUCGUGGACUCUUUCGCACUUCCAGUGCAAGGAACGGAGACACGUGUGAACGCCGCCAGCGAGGCGAACGAAUACAUGGUCACCUACGUUCAAGAGAGUGAGAAGGUGAAACGAUUGGAAAACGUUGUGGGAUGGUAUCACUCCCAUCCCGGAUAUGGGUGCUGGCUAUCAGGUAUAGAUGUUGACACACAGAUGAACAAUCAACGUUUCCAAGAUCCUUUCGUCGCCGUCGUCAUUGAUCCUAACCGCACAAUAUCGGCUGGCAAAGUCGACAUCGGUGCAUUCCGCACGUAUCCAAAGGAUUACACUCCCCAAAACGCCUCUGCGUCGGAGUACCAAUCGAUCCCCCUCCAUAAAAUCGAAGACUUCGGAGUGCAUGCGAACCAGUACUAUCCGCUCGAUGUCGAGGUUUUCAAGUCGAGCUUGGACAAUGAGCUACUUGGCUUGCUGUGGAAGAAGUACUGGGUCAACACCCUGAGUCAGAGCCCCUUGAUAUCUAAUCGUGCAUAUGCAGUUUCACAAAUCGCCGAUCUGCACCAGAAGCUAUCUAGAGCGGAAUCUACCAUAAGUAACACGAGACCGACCGUUCCGGCAUUGAAAGGCCAGGAAGAGAAACCGAGUGGAAAGGCCCUCCAGCAGGAUGAGAAGAAAAAGGAGGAGAGCCACCUAGCGAAAGCAGUGAAAGACAGGUAUUUCGUCGCAAAACCCGCAUUCUGUCCAGUGUCCAUUGAUGACUUUUCUAGCCAAAAGAUUGCUGUCGAAGCUCAACAUGGUCUUAUCUCCCAGAUCCUCAAAGACAUUAUCUUCUCAUCACGACCAAGAGAACGUUCGCCUCAGGUGUCUCGGGUCGGAGAGGUAGUGGAUACCGCAAUGAGUAUCGGAUAG